UGGUGAUGAUGGUUGUGGAGAUGAUGAUGGAGGAGGAGGAGGUGAUGAUGUCCUCUACAUCAAAGAAGAGGACAUGGAGACAGACUGCGACGAUGAUGACGACGAUGCUUUGGAGGGCCGCAUCUUGCACGACGGCUCCACCGUGAGGUCCGGGCCGGCCGUGGCCUCCUGGCGAGGCCGAGGAGCCACGCCGGGCGUCGCCGAGAUCGAGGUGGAGGUGGAGAGCGACGACGGCGACGACGGCGCCGCGCUCGGCGGCGGCGGCGGCGGCGGCGGCCUCACGGGACGAGAGAGCGAGGAGGUCUACCGCAGCGAACUCGCCACGGAGUUUGGCCUCCAGCCUCGCAUGCGGCUGCGGUCGAUGCGGACGAACGCCGGCAAGGGCCGCCGGCGGCGGCGGCAGCAGCAGCAGCAGCAGCAGCAGGUCCUGGGCGACCCCUGCGCCUACGGAGCGGACGACGCCGACGGUGACGGCGACGACGCCGGCGACGGUAACGGUGACGCCGAUGACGCCGACGCGUCGGAUCCCCGGCCUCCGCUGAAACCGCAGCACCACCACCACCACCACCAGCACCAGCACGCCUGCCCCGACUGCGGCAAGGAGUUCGCGACGCCCAAGAGCCUCCGGCGCCACCGCAAGAUCCACAUGGACGUGAAGCCCUACCAGUGCCCGGCGUGCGACAAGGGCUUCGUGCGCCCCUCCACCCUACGCAGCCACAUGUGGAUCCACACGGGCGAGAAGCUCUUCAAGUGCCCCGCGUGCGGCAAGAGCUUCACGCAGUCCUCCUCGCUGCAGUACCACGCGCGGACGCACGCCGCCGAGGAGGAGGAGGAGGAGCGGCGGCGGCGGCGCCGGCAGCUCCGCGCCCGCGGCUCCCCCCCGGCGGACGAGGCCGCCUCGGCCGACGACGCCGACGCGCGGGCGGCGGCCGCGGCGGCCAGGCCGUACGCGUGCUUCGUGUGCGGCAAGGGCUUCACCCUCCCCAAGGUCCUCAAGGACCACAUGAUGACGCACACCGGCGAGAAGCCGCACGGCUGCCCCGUGUGCGGCAAGCGCUUCAUCCAGUCGUCGGCGCUGCAGAGGCACGCGUGGACGCACACGGACGAGCGGCCCCACCUGUGCCCCGUGUGCGGCAAGGGCUUCACCGUGCCCAAGUUCCUCAAGGACCACCUGAUGACGCACACGGGCGAGCGCCCCUACGCGUGCUCCUUCUGCGGCAAGGGCUUCAUCAAGCAGCUCAACCUGGUGUGCCACGUGAGGUCUCACACGGGCGAGAGGCCGCACGCGUGCGCCGUGUGCGGCAAGGGCUUCGCCUACAAGUCGGUGCUCAAGCGUCACAUGGAGACGCACGCCGGGGAGGAGGAGGAAGAGGAGGAGGAGGAGGGGGAGGGGGAGGGCGGGGAGGGAGUGGAGGAGGAAGAGGAGGUGGUGGAGGAAAAGGAGGAGGGUGUAACUGCUUCUUGAAGGAUCUGUGUAAGGGUGUUUGCUUGUGAGGGUUGGCAUCUGUGUGCAGACUGCCCUACAUGACAUCAUCGCAAAUGUCCAGACCACAGGACGGGUUUCCGCAGGAUUUUGACGGAUGCCCUGGUGUAACAACUAUAGGGGCAUCUCACUCCUCAGUGUGCCCGGGGAAAUGGUCCUGGCAAGGAUUAUUCAACACCGCCUUGCCAGGCACGCUGAGGAGAGGCUUGCGGAGCCCCAAUGCGGUUUGAGACCAGGGCGGUCAUGCACGGAUGACGUAUUGUCUGUGCGUCUGCUACAGCAGAGGUGUAGGGAAUUCCAACAAGACCUACAUCCGUGGAUUGUUCUCUGUGCUUUCGGAGUCCCUGUUUCUCUGUCCAAAAUCUCUGCUCACGAUCAUUAAGGACCUUCAUGAUGUUGGGGAGACCCGGGUAAAGCUAUGUGGCCAGGAUUCGGAGCCAUUCUAUGUUCACCUUGGCGACAGUAGAUGUCCUCUGGCUCCCAUAUUAUUUAACAUCAGCUUUGACCACGUAGUUCGAGAAGCUUUCUAUGGCUGUACCGAAGGAAUUUCCAUCUGUUAUACAGAUGCAAUGGGAGGCUGAUCGAUGCCCGGGGGUGGUCAAGGAUGACUUCCUAUUGGUUAACCAUGCUGUCUCUGCUGAUGAUCUGGUGAUUGCUGCUCACUCAGAGGAGGAGUUGGAGGUGCUGUUGCUGAACCUGGAGGGACCCGCUAAGUGGUGGGGACUUGCCAACUGCCCCAGUAAACCUAAGCACCUGCCUGGAUGUUUUGUGUCAUCAAACACUCCACAAGCUCAGCUCCACAUUUGUUGUGGAGCAGUUGUGGAGAGAGUGGAGAGUUGCCCAUACCUGGGCAUUGUUCUUAUGACCAGCUCCGGUUUGACAGCAGAGGUCUCACUCCGAAUCAAUCGGCAUUCUUUUUUCAAUGGGUGCGUAAUGCUGUGUGCAAACUUACCUGGUUUUUCGCUCCCCUCAAAGCUUUGGGUCUUCUUAGCCACAUUCAUGCCCUCUCUUCUGUAUGCUUGUAAAAUUUGGACCCCUCUAAUGCAACAUCUGUGCCGGUUAGAAAUAUUCAGGUUGGCCUGCCUACGAUUCAUCCUGGGUUUAACCAGGCUGGAUUGUGAGGAGCUCACAAAUCCUUGAAAGAUCUGGACAAAAUCCCAUCAGUGAGCUCCUCUGACAGGCAAGGCUGCUUUGGC